CUUUAUAAAAAAUGUCAACGAAUACUGUAAAAAUGCUUUAAUAACGUAAUAUUGAUAUAGAAGUAUCAUGUUUUGAAGAUAAAUUACAAAUUUCACCUUCAAAAUAAAAUAAAGAAAAUUCACAUCUAUCAAAAUCUAAAACAUGUGACAUGAGUGAUCUUGUUAGAUUACUACAUAAGGUGGAUAUUCAAAGUACUUAAUAGGGAGGUAGUAUAAUUAUUAAAUCUAUAGACUAAAUUGAAUAGGAAUAAGAUAGUACCCCUAAGAAAUAAAUGUAAUAAGGAAAAACCUGUAGGUAUAUUCCAUUGAGAAGUGGAUAGAAAUAGAGUUUGAAUGAAGAAUUUCAAUAUAGAGAGAUUGAAGAAGAGAAUUAAGAACCAUAAAAAGGUAGUGAUUACAAAGACUAGGGAAAUGUUACACUGAAAGAUAUCUAUAAGAUGCAUGUGUUCGGAUAACCAUUAUAAAGUGAAUAGCUUUAAUGGGAAUCAAAGAAUUUAUUGCAUUUUGCUGACAAUACUCCUUCAAAACGAAAAAUAUUGUCAGACAUAAAUCCAGCUAUUUUGGAAACUUAUUAAAACUUAAUAGAUUAUAGAGAACAAUACUAAAAUAGUUAAGAUUAUUAAUUCAGUUAAAGAAAGAUUAGUAAAGUACCAUUUAAAGUAUUGGAUGCUCCUUAAUUAUAAGAUGAUUUCUAUUUAAAUCUAAUAGAUUGGAGUUCUUAAAAUGUAUUAUCUGUUGCUUUAUCCUCAUGUGUUUAUUUGUGGUCAGCAUAUAACAAUAGAGUAACUAAGUUUUGUGAUUUUGGUAAUAAUGAUAUGGUUUGUUCAUUAAUAUGGAAUCCUUAAGGAAAUUAAUUGGCUAUAGGAACUGGUUCAGGAGAAGUGCAUAUAUAUGAUUAAGAGAAGAUGAAAAGAAUUUAAAUAUUGGAAGGACAUUCUGCAAGAGUUGGAUCUUUGGCUUGGAGUGCAAAUGUAAAUUAAUUAUAANAAUAAAUAAACAUAUUUUUAAUUGUCUGUUAAGAUGGAUCUUAUAAUAAAAAUGACACUUAAAAUUCAACGAUUAAUUAAUAUUAUAAAAUAUAUGGAAAUUUUUAACCCAAUUACUUAGUGAUAAAUAAUUUAUACUAGAUAUGA